GAUCGUGGAAUAUUCUGCUUGCCUCAGAAAUACGCAAAAACUACUAGUGUUCUUUUCACUUAUUUUUUUCGUGAUGUCGUGAUGGCGUUCAUUGUUAGAUGGCGGUAGCAGUACGAUUUUGUUUCGCUGCGCGCUAAAUACGACAUUUGCAUAUACGAAUAUUUAAAUUGCACGGCAUUUACAGACUCCUAAAACACUUAGAAAAUAGAAAUCCACGUGAUUGGAUAAUAGGAUGAAAUAAUAACUCUUAUAAUCGUUCGUUGUUUAUUCUUCCAUCGACAUUCGCUUAUUACUUGGUCAGUUUGGAACUUUCAAUUCUUUCUAACGAUAUCGAAUGUUCAUCGUUGAUCCGAAUUCGUUAUAAACUGUUGGGACAUUAUGCGAUGGCGACAAUAGUCGAUUAAGAUCUACGCGAUUACCGGUAAUUGUAGUAAUAAAGUUAAAAAUUGGAAUGUCCAAUAAGAAUAACGAUUGGAACGGUUCGCGCGGCAAUAUUAGCGUACUCCGGAGAUUCUUUCGUAAUUGGUGAUAUAAGAAUUUAAUCGGAUCCGUGGUUAAAACGGCCGAAAUAAUGAUCGAUUUCUCGUCGCGUUCUAAGAAAGGAUCGAUCGGAUCGACGCGUCGCGGUGGUCGCGAAAGGUUUAUCCGUCGAAGAAGGGUAGUACUGUUCGAAAGAAGGGGUCAGGAGGUUGGUUGGGGCGUCGGUGGCGUCGGUGGGCGUCGUGGUACGCGCAUGUUUCUCUCGCGAAACGGAUCGAUGCUGGAAAUAGCUCGACCCGCAGGAGAGAGAGCGAGUACGAGGUGAGUCGGCUUCGCUUUCGGCCAGGGCCUUCGUGGCUCUCCACGCCCGCUGUCGCUGCCUCUUUCCUCUUCUUCUUUAUUCGAGACGAAGGGAAAAAGCACCCCCCGGUAACCAACUUCGACUCCACUCGUUAAUUCGUCGGUCGACUCGUUCUCUGUUUCGCGUUCCGCGAGCUUCCUCCAUCGACCUUGUUCUUCCUAUCCGCGCGAUACCAAUCUCUUCUACUUCGCGACUCGUUACUCGUCCGGUGGUGGUUCCAUUCUCUGAAAAAUAAGUGCGUGUACGUUAACUCUGGACAAUCGAAGGACCAACAGGCGGGCAAAUAGAACAGAGAGACGGGGUCUGUCGUUCGCGGGAUGAAUCGAGAAAAAUGUGCGUCGUACCGAUGUGGCUGACUAAGCUGGGAUCGGGCCUCGCGCGUACCACGUUAGCUCUUAGAGGAUGCACAAGCUAGCCAAGGGCCUGAAGAAGAAGAAAAAGCAGAAGAAGGGUAAGAAGGGGGCAGAGGAAGAAGAGUUUGAUCCGGAGGAGCUCGAGCGUUACAGACGCGAGCGGGCGGAGGCCCAGCAGAAAGCCGAGCAGUCUGGCGAGCAGUCCAACAGCGCCACCUCCGACGAGUGGAAGAAAUUCGAAGCGUUAACGGCCGGUGUCGAUUCGAUUCUGAAAAAGACCCAAGGUGAUCUAGAUCGUAUAAAAUCGACCUCUUUCUUCCAACGGAAACCACCGUUAGAGGAGGAGAAGAAGGAGGAGCAGGAUCAAGAGGAGACCGGCAAGUCAUCCUCGAAGAAGUGGGUCGGUUUUGACGAGGAGGGGAAUCCCAUCGAGGAAGAGCCACCAGAUUUCGAGGGUAAAGGAAAGAAGAAGGACGAGAAACCGUUGGUGAACGAGGACGGUUUCGUUGAUAUUUCCGAAGACGAAGAUGAACAAGAGAACUCUGGAGAAGAGGACAUCUUCGACACCACUUACGUGGAUGUUCUCCAGAACAUCGACGUUCAAUUAGCUUACAUCCCGGACAGUCCAACCGAACAAGAGGCUGGAGACGACCCUUUCGAUACCACCAACGCGGACAAGGUACUGAAGACCGUCGACAAGAAGGGGAACAGAUUAGUUAGUCUAGGCAACGCGGUCGAGGUACUCUCCGGAAGGGUGGACUACGUGAGUUCCUGCAAAAUCUCGAAAGGCAGAAGGCCCAGAAUUCAGCAGGAUCUGUUGUUAGACGAUUUCGAGGUAGCCGAGAAACCGGAAGACAGCAACGCGGUCCCGGAACCUGUUCAAGUCGAGAAAACCUUGCUGGACGAUGACAGCGAUCUUCCGGAUAUCCCUGUAGAUCUGACCAAGCUUCCGGCCGUGCUACCCAGACCAGCCAGUCCUGCCGUCCUCGGGGACAACGCUAUCGCGGAGAACGAACCGGCCAACGGGCCCUUGGACAUCUCGGAAUUCGAAGUCCUGAAAGAGAAGACCAUCUUAGAGGAGAUACCCGUGUUGGACGAAGAGUUCGAUCUAAACGCGGAACCCGAAGUACCGGUACAUCUCGAGGAGGCCGAGGAUCCGUUCGGAAGCAAAGAACCGGAGACGGUCGACUUCCAGGCGGAGAUAAUCGAGGUUAGCUUCGAGACAGCCACCUUCGUCGACGAGGAGGAUCCCUUCGAUACCACGUUCGCCGAAAAUAUUCUUCCUGGAAAGACAGAGUUGAAGUUGAUCGAGAAGAACUUGGAAGAGUUACCUGUGUCGGAGGUGACGAUAUCCUUAACCGAUCCCGCUGGUCUGAACAGAGACUACGAGACCGGUUUGUUGAAGGAAGAGAAUGGGAUACAGCUUACCGGUUUGCAGGGGAAGAAAGAUCUUUUAGGAGGAUCGACGACCGAUCUUAGCCAGCUCGCGGACGAACCCAUCGCGCCGGUGGAAGACAUCAGUUACGUGGAUCCGUUCGACACUUCGGCCGUGAAAGAGAUUCCACCUGGAAAGACGGAACUGAAGUUUCUGGAGAAAGAACUGCUCGGCGAACAGGAGCUUACCGCAUCGCUGGAGGACGACGAUUUUGACCCGAGAAAAGACGAGCAACCGGUCGCUCCGAUCGCUCCGGUCCAACCAGCUCCACCGAGACCUUCUGUCCCACCCGCGCCGAUUAAACCAACGUUCAAAGUCGAAUUUAACGACGACGAACCGAGCGAGGAGAACGCGGCAGAGUCUGGUAAUCGCGGACGAAGGACAUCCAGACCGGAAGUCCUCGAAUUAGCUCCGACCAAGGCGGUCGCCUUCGAACUACCGACACCGUCUAAGCGUCCCGAUCUCCUUGCCACCAGCGAAGAAGAGAAAGCGUUGCCCUCGAAACCUCUCACUCCCUAUUACUCGCAAAAGUCGAUCGAAGAAGUUUUACCGAUCGAGGAAGAGGAAGUCGACGUGGAUCCGUUUGACACGAGCUUCGUGGCCAAAGUAGCUCCCGGGAAAACCGAGUUGAAGUUGAUAGAGUCGGAGUUGUUGAAACAGGAGACCAGAUUGCCUCACAGUUUAAGCGACCACGAUUUCGAUCCCAGAGCCGAGAGUGAACCGACGAGGAGGCAAAGCGAUUUCACAGCUAGCUCCAUCAGACCGGGUAACCUGAAGAUUGCCGAACUACCGAGAUCGAAAGAAAGCUUGUUGGACGCGGAGAUCGAGGUGGAUGCUAAGCCACUGACCCCUCGGAUCGAGUCCCAACCUAUCGAGGAAGAAGCGAUCUCUUACGCGGACCCGUUCGACACCUCCAUCGCUACGAAUAUCCUUCCUGGGAAGGCAGAGUUGAAGAUCCUAGAGAGCGAACUGCAGCAGAUACCCGAGGAGAUCCCCGUGCGGCCAGCAACGAUCGCUUUGGCGGCGAUCGUCAAGAGCACCGUUCCAGAAAUCGACGACUUCGACCCCAGGGCAGAGGAGAAAAACGAAUCUAAGGACUUUUUGUCUAUCGACGAUCAAGACCACGAAGCGAAAGUGUUGACUCCUGUACAGAACGAGAGCUUUAGUCUGGCCGAGGAGGUGGAUCCGUUCGAUACCAGUUUCGCUACCGUCGAACCGGGAAAGAUCGAGCUUAAACUGUUGGAGUCCGAGUUGAUGGAGAAGCCCGUUGCCAACAUGGAUUCGAAAGGAGGAAACCCCUUCCUGAUGGACGACUACGGAGCCGAGUCGAACGACGGCAUGACCGGACAGACCUCCAAUCCGUUUCUGCAGGAUUUCACGGAGACGGAGCCAACCGGUGGCAGCGAGAAUCCGUUCUUGAAUUUCGCCGGGGACCAGUCAUACCAGACGACGAUCGACUCGACGAAUCCUUUCGCCUCUUUCGCCGCGGACACCACCGCCGCGCCGACUACCGCCUUCGAAACGACCACCACCGAUACCUCGAACAUCAACAUAUUCUCCGACCAAUCAGCGAAUAUCUUCGUGACGACCAGCGAGUCCAGCACGAAUCUGUUCGAGGCAGCAGCCCCGUCGCAGGAAAUGUUCGGGCAACCUGCGGCUCCUGCGACUCCUGCAGCUGCGACAACAGCACCGGCUGCUCAAGCGAAAAAUGGGAAACCACCAUCCAGACCGCCACCACCGAGGCCUCAACCACCGGCACCACCUAAAAACACCAAGGAUCUGAUCUUAUCCGUGACAGGCGCGAUGGACGCUACUUCGAACCAUCUUCUGGAUAGACUGCAGGCAACGAGAACACCCAGUCCUACCUUGAUGCACUCUCCAUCGCCCACACCGGAGCACAGUUUCGCGGACCUUCUGGACGUCGACUCGAACGUUCCUGACUUGAUGUCCGACGAUAGCAAAAUGGUAGAACCUUCGAAGAAUCAAAAUAUCCUGGAUCUUUUCGACGCUCCCAACACGGACACGACCACUACCACGAUCUUCUCCACUCCUAUGACUACCGCGGACACUGGCAGUUUAGAUACCGGGACCACCGCCGUCACCAGUGCCGCCGUGCAAGAAAAUCCGUUCGCCAGCAGAACGGAACAGGAAACGUCCGACGAUCAGGAGGAUGCGUUUAAAUCGGAUUAUCCGGAUGCGGUGUCCGUAACCAGCGAAAAAAGGCCUUCGGUCGCUUCCACGACAGAUGCACUGUGGACCGAACCUGGAUCCAAGACUGCUCUCGACUUAGAUUUCACCGGAGAAGGCGAAGCGGUCGGGGAAAGUCAGCCGUCGACGACGGCGUUACCGACGACGACCACGACCACGACCACGGAAUCCACGUUCUUCUCGUUGGCGGAGACGACCUCUGCUGGUUCGUUCUCGACCGCUCCGAUCCAACCGACUACCACGCAACAACCAUUGUUCGACACUACGAACAUUGCGGCGGAUCUACUCGGUGAUUUCGGUGAAUCAACCAAGGACAUCGACGUAACGGCGACCAGUCCGAUCCCUGGCGCCGAGUUUCCCAUCGGCGAAGCUUACAAACCCGAGGAGCAACUGGACAACUUCGCAGCUACCACGAAAGCUAUCGAGAAUACCAGCGACGCCUUCGACAUCUUCGCGUCAAAGUUUGACAAGGCUGCAGAAUCUGAAAGCAACGCCGGUGAUCCGUUCUUGGACGCGUUCGGAGGUGGACCCACUGCAAUGGACACGUCCAGUGACGUCUGGGGAGACUCGUCCGCGGCUGGCUCGGAAACGGCGGUUACCGGUUUCGGAGAAGCCGAUGGCUUCGACUCCUUCUUGAGCAUGACCGCCCCUCCGGCGGAACCGAAGGUGAAGAGAACCGAAUCCGCGGAAUCGGACGAGGGUCCAGAUUUCAGCGUGUUCAUCAAGCCAAAAGAAGACGAACAAACAACCGCGAACGGCGAAGGCGGAGUGGUACCCGCGUUGGCCCCACCACCCAAGAGUCCUCAGAACACGGCUUAUACGGACACAUCGCCACGAUUUAAUCCUUUCGAUAAGUUUGGAUCAGCGCAAGACGCCAUUCCCGCUACGGAAACGGCCCAGCCGGCGGAACUGACCAGAACAGAUUCUCAAGAAACUCCACCGACACCUCUGUUCGACGAAGACGUUAGUCAGCCUUUGGAAGACUUCCCGAGAGUUACGUACACCGGCGACGGCUGGGACAUGCAUCUGCGUCAACCGAACAAGAAGAAGAUAACCGGGCAACGAUUCUGGAAGAAGAUCUUCGUCAAGCUGGUUUAUCAAGGCGAUACUCCGGUGCUGCAAUUGUUGAACAGUAGGGACGACAAAGAUCCUUUCCAGGAGUUACCUCUGCUCCCUUCUUAUUCACUGUCCGACAUAGGAGCGCAACAGUUCAAUAACUUUGUCAAGUUAUUCACGGUGAAAUUGCAGUAUAUUUUCUACAAGGAACGACCCGGCGUUCGACCUGGUCAGGUGACCAAGGCGGAGAGACUCACUAACAAGCUAAGUCAAUUCGCUGCUUAUGCCAUUCAAGGUGAUUAUCAGGGGGUAAAAGAGUUUGGAAGCGAUUUGAGGAAGUUGGGUCUUCCAGUUGAACAUGCCCCGCAGAUUUCUCAGCUAUUCAAGUUAGGCUCGGACAGUUACGAGGACAUGAAGCAGUUCUCCAGUGCAGUCGAGGAGGCUUUAUUCAGACUAUCGGCUCAUAGAGACAGGGCGUUGCAUUAUAAGAUGGAAGAGGUGCAAAUAACGGUGGUGGACGAACUGUACGUGGAACAGAGCGCAGAAGGGCACGUGGAGAAACAGAUAGCUCGUGUUCGACUGUUCUUUCUCGGCUUCCUUUCCGGCAUGCCUGACGUUGAGCUAGGAAUAAACGACAUGUGGCGUCAGGGUAAAGAAGUGGUUGGUAGACACGAUAUUAUUCCGGUCGUAACCGAAGAGUGGAUUCGUCUCGAGAACGUAGAGUUCCAUUCUUGUGUGCAGCAGGACGAGUACGAAAAGUCUAGAAUCAUUAAGUUUAAGCCACCCGAUGCAUGUUAUAUCGAACUCAUGAGGUUUCGCGUGAGACCGCCUAAAAACAGAGAGCUUCCACUUCAGCUUAAAGCCGUACUGUGCGUUACAGGUAACAAGGUAGAGUUGAAGGCGGACAUCCUCGUGCCUGGGUUCGCGUCGAGAAAAUUAGGCCAGGUGCCCUGCGAGGACGUAAUGGUCUGUUUUCCCAUUCCAAAUUGCUGGAUGUAUCUGUUCAGGGUUGAGAAGCACUUCAGAUACGGAUCCGUAAAGUCAGCCCACAGGAGGACAGGAAAGAUCAAGGGUAUAGAAAGAUUCCUUGGAGCGGUAGACACAUUAGAGCCACAGUUGAUGGAGGUUACCUCGGGCCAGGCUAAAUACGAGAGUCAACAUCGUGGUAUCGUUUGGAGGAUGCCCAGGUUACCGAAAGAAGGCCAAGGAGCAUACACGACGCAUCAACUGAUCUGUCGCAUGUCUCUCGCAUCCUACGACCUAAUCCAUGAAAAGCUUCCUGACUAUUGCUACGUAGAGUUCACGAUGCCCGCGACUCAAGUGUCUCACACCACCGCGAGAAGCGUGAGUUUUCAAAACAGCGACAGCGACGCUCCGCCGGAGAAGUACGUUAGAAACCUAUCCCGGCACGAGUACAGAGUGAAAAUCGAACACACGCAAGGCGAAGGACCAUCGGCAUACGUGGCAGCGACGUUCACGAGGAAGAUCCCGGAGACAACAACGGAGACACCGGGUGAAGCCUCGGACGCGGGUGGCGAGUCCGAUUCGGAUGACUCCGAUUAAUUUCCGGAAUCUGUAUGUAAGGUAACGGGUUAAGAUGUUACAAUACUAAGAUAACGAGUCUCGUAAAAGGAUAAAGACAGAUUGCUUGCUGACACUAAGGUGUGCGUGUGUGUGUAUACACUGAAAGAAAGAAAACGAUGCCUGUGACUCGACGCACGUGGCGUUUCGCGGGUCACGAACCGUCGAAAUGGAUCGUACGCGGAAGAAGAAUUAUGUCAGAUAUUUAGAUUUUCCGUAGCUUCGAACACGCAUGAUCGUGUUGCGCGUUCAUAGCUGUGCCAAGCGAGAGUGACAUUUCAAUCGCGCAUGCACGGAGGAGAGCCCUCUGCCAGGAGGGGAACAUUUUCUCCCACCACUUCAUCUUCCUCUCUUUAGGAUACAUAGCAUGCAAUUUUAGACCUAUCAACAGACUUUAACGUCGGUGUCGAAUAUAUUUGUAGCUGUAUCGUACGGAUAACAAUUACCAUAGCCUCUUACGCUUCUAGCCCUCGUACGUGUCGGCAAGUCUCGCCUUCAGCUUUCAGUCUUGCUUGGCAGAACUAUAGAUAUACUAUAUACGUAUGAAUAUCGCCUCGUGAUCCCCGAAACGUUCGUCGCCGUGUGUUGUUCGUGUUAACAAUUAACGAGAGAUAUACGUACGAAACGAGUAAUUUAUAAGGGAGGACAAUACUGAUUUUACGUUCAGUCUAGCUUGAUAAGUAGUUAUACGCACUCGCAGCGAAAAGCUUUGCUCUGCGGGCAACAUGUUUCAAAGACGGAUAUACAAUAAACGGUUCCUUCUUACUUUCUUCGGAUUCACGAUGUUUCAGAGUCCUACAAUCGUUUCAGUUUCACCCGAAUUAUUUUUAAAUCGCUUUGUUGCUCUAAGCUAUCCGAAUGUUAAACAGUAUACAAUGUAGAUAUUUAUCGUUUCUUCUGUAGAGUUCUAUACGACGCUAACUAGGCUUUAACAAAGUGUACGGAGGUUUUUUAGACACACCGCGUAUCGCAACAGCACGACGAUCGGGGGACAACAGUUGUUAAUUAAACGGAUUCGUUAAAAAUUCGAAGGAUCGUAACCGCAUACCGUAUCGUUUUAAGCUUGCAGAUGAUCUAUAUCUAAUGUUAUCUAGUCAUUUUUAACGGUUAAUUUAUCGAGAUUAAUCGACGGUUAUUAAACGCGUAAGUAGACGAUAAUCAAAGGUUGCCUGUUUCGCGAAUGCAUGCCGAUGGGGACACGCAAGGAAGACACAGCGAUAUCAGUUUGUUCGAGCGCUUUUCGAAUCGACGUAAUACAUAAGAUUCCAUAAGAUAUCGAGAACAUAGCGGCAACGUUAGCUAAUUCGAAAUUCCCGCGCUUAGAUUAAGUGAAACGAGUCUGUAUUUAUCUAUAGGAUAAGAUAAGAUGAUUCUAUAAGGACAAACAACCUAGACACGUAAGUUUCCGUUAAGGUUUUUUCGAUUUUUUGUUUGACGUUUUAUCUCCUCCAUAGGAGAACAGAAGAGUCUAUUCUAGUCCUUAGCUCGUAAGAAGAUCGUAUGACGUUUCAGGUUCACGCCGGUCAUACGUUAACGCUAAGUCUAUUUAAGUUAGAAACUAAAUCGAUCGAGUCAACGACGUUCGAUAACGUCGGCCAAUAUGCCAACCGAAAUGAUAGAUUAUUCAAAUUAGGGCUAUCGAUUAACACUGUCGAUUACCGAUUGUUGUUCUGAUCCGUGUCAAUGCGAAUAUACAUAGAUCGACUAGUUGAAAUCUUUGAACGCGCGUUUUUCGGAAACGUGCUUGGUCAAACGAUCCAUCGAAUCGUGUCAGACAAUACAACUUAGUUGCACCGGUGAAUGUAAUCUCUCGGUAGAAGAAGUAUCACACGAAACGCUGUAUCAUAUGAAAAAUAUUGUAUUCCGUUCUUUGAAACAGCGCAAAACUUUUCGAUCCGCGGCACGAUGGUCUGUUUGCGUUGGUACAUUAAACAAAUCCCGGGAGGACUUUACUCGCGAAAAGUUCCAUUCGGGAUAUGACGUUUCCAGCUCGUGAUCUCAAUUACGUGUAAUAUCGCGUUAUCGCGCGAUAUCCAAGGCGGCGUUUCUGUAUCUAAAAAGGGAAGAUUCAUUUAAACACACGAUGCAUGUAUAGGUAUCUUAGGAAAGGUAUUUAAGUUAGAGGUUAUACGCGUUACCAACAAGCCUACCGAUGUUUCUUCGGAUACGAUCGAAACCGUGCGACUGUGCGAGAAAGCAAGAAAGCUAACAAUAAAAACUUACUCGUUGUAAAAUCGUUUUGCCAAUUUAACAAAUUUCUGUUCUGUACACGUAAUCGAACUUGUAGAAUCGCCUCUCACUCUCACUUAUUAUACCGUACCGUAGCAUCGUUUCUGAUUCAUUCGGGAUUAUGUUUUAUAAAUGACCAUUACCAUUUUAAAUGUUAAAAAGUGGAUCGUCUAGAUCUCGAAGAAAUUUACCUCGUCAAUUUUCAAGCCAUCAGUUUAGUUCGAACGCCGUGAAGUCGCUUUCGAUACGAUGUUACCGAAGUUAGAAGAGUCGGUAAAGUAGAUAUUAACAUUUACGACCUCCAUUUGUUGCUCCUAUAGAUAUAUCAUCCCUGCCUUUGCGACAAUUUAUUCCUUUACAAGCAUAUAAUUAUUAUCAAGCUGUGUAGCCGUUAGAUAUUAUCCUGUUAACUGAAAUCUGUAACGAUUAAUUG